AUGUAUCCCUCUUUCUUUUUCUCUUUACCCUCCUUUUAUUUUUACGUUUUACUUUUCUCUUAUUUUUACCUUUUUUGUGCUUUCCAUUUCAUUCGUUUUCUGAAUUUAUUUUCCUCUCUUCCCUUCCCUGUCAUUUUACCUCCUGAAUUUCACCGCUCGCUCUCUCUCUCUCUCUCUCUCUCUCUCUCUCUCUCUCUCUUUCUUUCUUUCUUUCUUUCUUUCUCAUCCUUCCUCCCUUUUUUCAUUAUGUCUAUGAAUCGAGAAAGACUUAUAAUUUUUCAAUGUUUCUUGCAAACUUUCUUCCAUAACCGAUUAAUUUUUGUAUAUAUGAUUUUGUUUUUAUUCUUUCCUUUUAUUCUCCCGACUUCUUUACACAUCUCAUUAUUAUCUUCUUCUACUUCUUCUUCUUCUUCUUCUUCUCCUCCUCCUUCUUCUUCUUCUUCUUCUUCUUACUGUCUUUGUUUUUUUUCUUUUUAUAGUGUUUAUUUGUUUCCUUAUUUUCUCUCUCUCUCUCUCUCUCUCUCUUGUAUCUGUUACUCUUUUUAUUAUGUUUUCACCAUUCCAUUUCUAUAA